AUGUCUGGAAAGAACGCAAUUAGGAAGUCUCGGACCACCAUCCAGACGCAGCUACCUCCUAGCAUGCAGGCUAACACUGAUGCUACAGAUGUGCAGCUAGCGUCGAGCGAACCUGGCUCUACCCUAUUCGAGUCUGGAUCUGGACACGUUGCAGACACUGCUGUCUUGAAACUCGAGAUUUUAUCAUCGCUUAAAGAAGACAUUGCUGGAAUUAUCAAGAAAGAGCUCCAGGAUGCCCUUGUGCCCGCGCUAACACCAGUGAGGUCUGACUUGCAGGCUUUGCAGGCACAGCUAGCGGCUAACAAGGCUGCUACUGAUGCUAUACUGACUACACUGAAAGGCACAGUUGAGGACAUGGAGACGGCUCUGUCUGAAUGUACAGAUGAUAUAACCAAUUUGAAAACUACUGUGGCACAUCUCACUGCAACGGUAACCAGGCUGGAAGGCAAAUGUGAAAAUCUCGAGGCCAGAUCGAGACGUCAAAACAUAAGGAUAGUUGGAGUCCACGAGGGUCCCAACACCUGCACCACCACUGCUGUCGCUGCCCUGCUUAAAGAGACACUCGGGUUGGACAACGAGCCCCGUCAAUCAGCACCAGGAGAGCGCACGCGUCCCAGAGCUAUCGUCUGUCGGCUUCACUACUACAGCGACUGUGUGGACAUUUUACGCCGUGCGAGAGAGCGGGGACAGAUAAAGGUGCGUGAUAUGACCAUAUCUGUUUUCCCUGACUACACUGACGGUGUGGCUCGGGCGCGGGCUGCAUUCAAUGACGUGAGGCGACAACUCCGAAACAUCGAGGGCGUCCGGUAUGGUCUGUUCUACCCAGCGCGGCUCCGGAUCACCUACAGGGGAGCAGAGAAGGAAUUCACCUCCGCUGAUGACGCUGGACAAUACGUGAAGACCAUGACAACAGGGUAA